GAUUCAGAACAGCGAGAGAAUUCAUCACCUGUCGAUUGCGUUCAUAGCUCUCUCUUGCGAACACAUUAAUCGCCAUAUUCCAGUUCCAUAACACCUAUGCUCUUUCUUUAAUUCUCUGUCGAGUUGGUUCGUACGGAAAAGCAGAGUUGGCAGUGCGCAAACAGGCUUUUUAAAGGUGCGUUGAAGCCUCGCGGUAGAACAAAUGUAAACAAGUAACAGAUCAGCUGUGCGGCCGAAGACACGGAACGGCGUGAUGACAGCGAGCCACAGGGUUUGACAAACAUAUUCUGCAGCAUUUAAAAGGAAAUUAGUGUUUGUUUAUCUGUUUUUUGCAUGCUGUAGAGUUUUUUAGACGUUAGGUUAGUAGACCUCCCAACUCUCGCCUUUUACUCCAUUGCGGGCAGCAACAGAUAUCGAAAAAAAAACGAGUGUUAUUUCCCCCCCCCAUUGCGUCUAGAGGGUGAUAAAUAGACAUAUGUAUCUUUCAUUGAGGAUUGGCUAUCUUCACGUCUAAGGGGAAAAAAAACUACAAUAUUUGAGAAAUAACAAGACGAGAAAUAGGGUUAACGGUCCCCUCUGGGCCCCAAGGUAUGAAUAAAUAUCAGCCACGUAUUAAUAUUUACAUGAAGCUGGAAGUUUGAGGCACCCAAGCAUCACAUUUCCUGGGGAACACCGCAGAUAGUACCUCUGACGGAUUGGGACUGUCAUGGCACACCAGCAGAUGCCGAGCUCCCAGAAAGCUCUGAUGCUGGAGUUGAAAUCUCUGCAGGAGGAGCCAGUGGAGGGUUUCCGCAUCACUCUGGUGGAGGAGUCAGACCUGUACAACUGGGAGGUGGCAAUUUUUGGGCCCCCAAACACGCUCUACGAAGGUGGCUACUUUAAGGCCCAUAUAAAAUUUCCUAUUGACUACCCAUAUUCUCCCCCGACCUUCCGAUUCCUCACCAAGAUGUGGCAUCCAAACAUCUACGAGAAUGGCGAUGUAUGUAUUUCAAUCCUCCACCCUCCUGUGGAUGACCCCCAGAGUGGAGAGCUCCCCUCAGAGCGAUGGAACCCCACACAGAAUGUCAGAACAAUCUUGUUGAGCGUGAUCUCACUGCUGAACGAACCCAACACCUUUUCUCCUGCAAAUGUGGAUGCCUCAGUCAUGUUUCGCAAGUGGAGGGACAGCAAAGGCAAGGAUAAAGAAUAUGCAGAAAUUAUAAGGAAGCAGGUGAUGUCCACCAAGGUCGAUGCAGAGCGAGAUGGAGUGAAAGUACCGACAACACUUGCUGAAUACUGCAUCCAGACCAAAGUGCCUUCUCAUGACAGUAGCUCCGACCUGCUCUACGACGAUCUGUAUGACGAUGAUAUCGAGGAAGAGGACGAUGACGAUGAUGAGGCAGAGGCCGGCGGGAUAGGUGGAGAAAUGGCCGGAGACUGUUUUGGCGAUGAAGACGACUCUGGCAACGAGGAGUCUUGACCUCCUUGCACUGUUUACAUGACACUGACCUUCACCCUCACUAUUCUUAACCCCAAGAGCCUCAUGUUUCAGAUUAUCUCUUCUCCCUGUGCUAAGCUUUUGUUUUUCACUUUUUCGGUUUUGAAAACGUCAGAUCUUUGUCCUUACCACACCUCACAGUUCCUCAGUAAAGUACACUGUAUGAUCCCUGAUAUCUUUCUGGACUCAUAAAACACAAAAAUUCCCCAACUUCUCCUGCCUCUUAACCUCAGGGCUUUUGGAUAUUCAAAGCUUGUCAGACCACCUUACAGACAUUUCAGAUAUAUUGAAGGGUUAGUUUACACAAAAAUUAAAAUUCUGUAAUCAUUUACUCACCCUCACAUUGUUCUAUACCCAUAUGGCUUUCUCUCUGUUGUGGAACAUAAAAGGAGAAGGAUUAAAGAAUGUCAGAGCCGCUGUUUUUAAUACAACGAAAGCACAGUGACCAGAAGAUUUUUAGCUCCAAAAAGAAUAAAAAGCACCAUAAAAGCCUCUUAAAUGAAGUCCAUAUGCUCUACUCCAAAGCCAUGUGAUUUUCUGUGAGGAUUAGACCAAAAUGUAAGUCGUUAAAAGAUACCAAAAGCCAUUGCUUCUCUCAUGUCUCGAAACCAAACACAAUGCGGCAGUUACAUUUUUCUUCUGUGUUCAACAGUUAGACAUGAGGACAUGAGGGUGAGUCAAAGAUGACAGGCUUGCCAGCCAUUAAUCUGUACCUGGUGACACUUUCAUCACCAACAAAUGAAUGUUUUGUUCAUUGCCCAGAUUUUCAACUGUCUGGAACGGUCUUCUUAUCCUUAUAGGGCUUCACUAAUGCCACUCAACUAUCUUACCUAAUUUCCUAUUUCAUUGUUGAGCAUUUUUCAGAAAUACAGGUAGGUAUUAAAGAGAGGACGAAUGGAAAAUGCAUAACUUAUUUUUUCAUCAAAUUUGAAUGUCAUCAUUUUGACCAGCCAUCAACAUCGGAAGUUCACCUUCACUAAGGUAACUAAAUGUUACCUUAAAUGCAGCUCAAACCGGCAAAUCACUUCUGUGAUUGAGCUUAUUGAACCAUUAAGUACUUAAUAGACAAUAGCAUAAAAAAUGACUUCCAGCACACCUUGAUUUAGCUGCUGUAUCUUAAUGGUCAACAAACUACGAUGAGACUGUUCAAGUCAUUAUAAUGAUGCGCCACUAUUGA